AUGGAUUGGCAUGCCCUUCAAGGUCGUGAACAAAAUGGAUGGACAGCGAUUCAAUUUAAACGUUUGCUAGAUACGUGUGAUUCAAUGGAUGUUCCAAUUAAAUCUGGAACGAAUAUUCUUAUAUUUGCUUACGGUUUAAUCGAUCCAAAUAUAGGUCAACUAGAUGGUGAUAUUUCAUAUCAUGAAAAUCGACGAGGUUCACGUAUAAUUCCACUGCAAUCUUAUAGUGAUCCACCUCCAGAGAGCAAGUUUGCUGAAUUUGAUUCGUUUGAAUUCCGAAUGAAUAAUUAUUUAGUUCCACCAACUGAUACAACAUAUUAUUGCAAAGUAUUCAAGUUUCCGAACCAUUUUCCAAUGAAACGUCAUGCUAUUGCACGCAAAAUAGUUAUUAAUGCUACAAAUCGUGAUUUUGUUCAUCAUAUGGAUACGUAUGAAUGUGAUCCUCAAGCAACCGACUUUGAUGAUAAUAAUUUGCCCGAUGGUGAAUGUGAUCAAAUAAUUGAACGGAUAACAACAUGUCGAUCAAAUAUGAUUACGAUGUGGUCUAUUGGUGCAGAUGAUAUUUCAGAAUAUAUUCCCGAAGCUGGCUAUCCUAUUGGUGGUGAUUUUUCGGUAAAAUAUUAUAUGGUUCAAGUGCAUUAUGACAAUUCACAACAAUUAUCAAAUCGUCGUGACAGUUCCGGCAUAAAAUUUUAUGUUGAUAGCAAACUUCGUCAAUAUGAUCUUGGCUAUCUUCUAUUCGGUCUAGCAUCAAAUGCUUAUGGGAUUGCUAUGCCGCCACGUGUCGAUCAUUUUAUGAUUGAUUCUUAUUGUCUAACCAACUUCAGUAAAGUAUGCUAA